AUGUCGAGUAGGCCUCCUUCGAGGGUCGUGUUUGUGGGAAACAUUCCAUAUGGCCUCUCCGAGGAGCAGAUCACAGACAUCUUCAGUAGCGCCGGCAAGGUAGAGCGCUUCCGCCUCGUCUACGAUUCGGAAACCGGACGGCCAAAGGGAUUCGGCUUCGCAGACUAUCCCGACACUGACUCGGCUUCCUCAGCUGUCCGCAACCUUAACGAAUAUGAAAUCAUGGGUCGAAAACUCCGAGUCGAUUUUUCCAACGAGCAGAAGAGCGGUGAUGAUGAUGGCCAGACGCCUGGACAGAACACCGGUGCCUCAAACGGAGGCGCUGCUUCAAACUAUACCUCCCAGUCAACACCACUCCCUCCACUCCCAGCCGGAAAGGAGAUACCUCCAGGAUUGACCUGCACCGAUGCCAUUUCAAGAACUCUCAAUACCUUACCGCCGCCACAACUGUUGGACAUCUUAAGCCAGAUGAAGACACUGGCUACAACAGAACCUCAACGAGCAACGGAACUGCUUCAACAGGCCCCUCAGCUGGCUUAUGCUGUUUUCCAAUCGCUCCUCCUGAUGGGACUCGUGUCCCCCGAAUCCAUCCAGUCCGUCGUUGACCCGAACGCACCGCCUCCCCAGCUCCCAACUGCCAACUUCCCUCCAGCAGGAUUCCCCGCGAAUAACUCGGCUUAUGCUCCUCCAGCAGCGGCACCUGCAGCAGCUCCUGCGGGUAUGGCACAGGACCCUGAUGCUCUGAUGCGAGCAGUCAUGGAACUCCCCCAGGCCCAGAUUGACAUGCUCCCAGAGGCAGAUAGACAGCAGAUUAUGGCUCUUAGGGCUACGUUUGCGGGUCAACGGCGAUAA